GAGGAUACCCUCCGUCUCGUAGCAUAGGGAGUACGCUGCAAGUAUACUUCUGUCCUUACUGUAGGAGGUCGAGCACGGCGCGACCCUCACCUCGGGGGACCGGAAAGUUUAUCUCCUUCCUCCUUUCUUUCUCCGUUCCGGAUCCCCCCUUUCCUGUCUCUGUUGGGUGCUCCCGUUGCGAUCGGGCCUAACCAUUGGCCAGAAAGCCCGCGAACGCGCGCGCACGCGAGUCUCUUGGCACGGAAUUUGCCGGUGUCGCUACGUUUGUCCCGGUGUGGUCGGCUUGUGUCCCUAGCCGUCUGUUUAUCCGCUGUGCGUGAAGGGGUAGGGAGGAGAAUCCGCUGGUAGGGGCUCGGCCUGUUAGCAGAGCGCCCGCAGCUGCUUUCCGCUUGUCGGACCCCCACAGGUAGGACCGCCGCGGGAGCCGGAGCAGCGCCAUGUCGUCGCCCGCCUCCACCCCCAGCCGCCGCCGCGGCAGCAAGCGCGGCCGGGGCAGCAAUCCGUCUACUCCGCAGGAUGCUCGGUCUCCUCCUUCGCAGAAGCGCAGGACCGACGACUCCACCUCCAUCGGAGAGCUGCAGCCCAUGCCCACCUCCCCGCCCGCCGACCUGCAGAGCCCCGGCGGCCCCGAUGCGCUCUUUUCCAGCCCUCCGCAGUUCCAGCACUCCGCUAUUCCACUUGACUUCGAUAUCAGUUCACCUCUGACAUAUGGCACACCCAGCUCCAGGGUGGAGGGUACUCCACGAAGCGGUAUCCGAGGAACUCCAGUUCGGCAGAGGCCAGAUCUCGGGUCUGUCCGUAAAGCCAGAGAAGUCGAUUUACACUCAGAUGGGCUGGCUGAAGAUACAGCAACCGACCAAUCUCUUGGACAAAAGCUUGUCAUUUGGGGAACAGAUGUUAACGUAGCCUCAUGCAAAGAAAAAUUCCAGAGAUUUCUUCAGCGCUUCAUCGAUCCAGUAGGUAAAGAGGAUGAAGACGUUGGCUUGGAUCUCAAUGAGCCCCGUUAUAUGCAACGACUUGAAGAGAUUAAUAUGAUUGGGGAACCAUUCCUGAAUGUAAAUUGUGACCAUCUAAGAUCAUUUGAUGAAAACCUUUACAGGCAACUCAUCUGCUACCCUCAGGAAGUUAUCCCAACGUUUGACAUGGCUGCCAAUGAGAUCUUUUUUGAUCGUUACCCUGAUUCAAUAUUAGAACAUCAGAUUCAAGUAAGGCCAUAUAAUGCACUGAAGACUACAGAUAUGAGAAAUCUAAACCCUGAAGAUAUCGAUCAGCUUAUCACCAUCAGUGGUAUGAUCAUCAGAAGCUCCCAGUUAAUUCCUGAGAUGCAAGAAGCAUUCUUUAAAUGCCAGGUUUGCGCUUUCACCACCAGAGUAGAAAUCGAUCGUGGCAGGAUUGCUGAACCAUCAGUAUGCAAGAACUGUAACACAGUGCACAGUAUGGCGCUCAUCCACAACCGAUCCAUGUUCUCUGACAAACAGAUGGUCAAACUGCAGGAGUCCCCUGAAGAUAUGCCAGCAGGACAGACCCCACAUACAGUUGUCCUAUUUGCUCACAAUGACCUGGUCGAUAAAGUUCAGCCAGGUGACAGAGUUAAUGUCACAGGUAUCUACAGGGCAGUCCCAAUUCGAGUUAAUCCAAGGGUCAGCAGUGUAAAAUCCGUCUAUAAGACGCACAUUGAUGUCAUACACUAUCGCAAAACAGAUUCAAAACGCCUGCAUGGUGUUGAUGAGGAAGCAGAGCAAAAAACAUUUACAGAGGAACGUGUGGCAAUGCUAAAAGAGCUUUCUAAAAAAAUAGACAUAUAUGACAGACUUUCUUCAGCACUGGCUCCAAGUAUCUACGAGCAUGAAGAUAUCAAAAAGGGUAUUCUGCUUCAGCUUUUUGGGGGAUCAAGAAAGGAUUUCACUCACACAGGAAGAGGCAACUUUCGUGCAGAGAUCAACAUUCUUCUCUGUGGUGAUCCUGGUACCAGCAAAUCACAGCUGCUCCAGUAUGUGCAUAACCUGGUUCCUCGGGGUCAGUAUACAUCUGGCAGAGGCUCAAGCGCUGUUGGUCUUACUGCGUAUGUGAUGAAGGAUCCAGAAACACGACAACUGGUUCUUCAGACAGGGGCUCUAGUACUCAGUGACAAUGGCAUUUGCUGCAUUGAUGAGUUUGAUAAAAUGAAUGAAAGCACAAGAUCAGUACUGCAUGAAGUAAUGGAACAACAGACUCUCUCCAUUGCAAAGGCUGGAAUUAUUUGCCAACUGAAUGCUCGUACAUCUAUCCUAGCAGCAGCUAACCCUAUAGAAUCACAGUGGAAUCCAAAAAAGACUACUAUUGAAAACAUUCAGCUUCCUCAUACACUGUUGUCAAGAUUUGACUUGAUCUUUUUGAUGUUGGAUCCACAUGAUGAAGCUUAUGACAGACGUCUUGCUCGCCAUUUGAUUUCACUGUACUACCAAACUGAAGAAAAGAUGGAGGAGGACUACAUGGAUAUGGCAGUAUUGAGGGAUUACAUUGCAUAUGCUCGUAGCUAUGUAAAUCCCAGGUUAAGUGAAGAAGCAGGCCAAACCCUUAUUGAGGCAUAUGUGGACAUGAGGAAGAUUGGGAGUGGCAGGGGAAUGGUUUCUGCAUAUCCUCGACAACUUGAGUCUCUGAUCCGACUGGCAGAAGCGCAUGCUAAAGUACGCUUUUCUGAGAAAGUUGAAAUAGUCGAUGUAGAAGAAGCAAAACGGCUCCAUCGGGAAGCACUGAAACAAUCUGCUACUGAUCCGAGGACUGGAAUUGUCGACAUAUCCAUUCUCACUACAGGAAUGAGCGCAACAGCUCGUAAGCGGAGAGAGGAGUUGGCUCAAGCCUUAAAGAAGCUUAUCCAGUCAAAGGGUAAAACACCAGCUUUGAAGUACCAACAGCUUUUUGAUGAUCUCAGAGCACAGUCUGAUACAGCUGUCACGAAGGAGAUGUUUGAAGAAGCGCUUCGUGCCUUGGCUGACGAUGACUUCUUGACUGUGACUGGGAAGACUGUUAGACUGCUUUAAGUUAGCCUUUCCUUGUGCACUGACUUGUCACAGCUUUUGCUUAAAAUGGUGUCAGUCUGUAAGAUCUUUGAGAUUUGGGACUAUCAUUUGCUAUGGCAAGCACAGCUUUUUUCCUUGCCAGCCAGCUGUCAUGGCUUUACUUUGCCUUACAAUAUUGCCUGUCUGCAAGAUUAAGAUCUGGGGCUAGCACUUGCUAUGACAAGUGUUAACAAUGAUUAUGGGGCACUUCUAUCAGCACAAGAUUCCUAGCAUAAGGAGGACCUAGAAAGUCCUCAGGUGAAUGAAGCUAUUUACAUUUUAGCUCCAUGUAAUUACUAAAUGUGUUGAGUGCUAUCUGUUUUUAUGAGGUUUUGUAGAACAUGCGAACAAGGUUAUAUUUCAAGUUGAAUUGUAAAAAUUCAUCUUUUUUUUUUAGUGAAUGCAAUUUCACUAUUAGUAUUGCUGUAAUCUGAAAUAAAGUUAUUUUACUUGAAUGCUAAAGAGCCUUUUAAAAUGAAAAUGAGCACUUUUACAUCUAGAAUUCUGUGAUUUCUAUGAAGUUCUUUGUGGGAACGUGAAAGGAGCUUUGCUUUUUUUUUUGUUCAUCUGUCUGACUUGAGAGUACUUCGGUAGUACCCUCAAUGUAAAAAAUGCAGAUAGAUUCUACUUGAAACCAGGUUUUCUUAUCUCAAUUUUAAGCAUAACAGGAUAAAUUGAGAUACCCAUCAUGGGUGUAAUGUCAUAUAAUUUGUCCUGAAAGAACAAGGUCCAGUAGCGCAUGACUGAAGAAUCUUCCCACAUUCUAGCUGGGGUAGAUGUUCUUGGCCAUUGUACAUCAACGGCCGCUAUUGUUCUUACAGCUGAGCUAGCAGAACAGUUCCCUAAUUCACUUUGGUACAGUGUCACAAAUGACUCACUCAAAGACUCACCAAAGAUACCAGCAAAAGUAGUUUUAAUAUGGAUUUGUGAAAGGGCAACUUAGCAAAGUUCAAGGGCAAGGUACUACAUGGGUUAAACAUACAAAGGAAAAUAGAGUUAGAAUCGAUUUAAUGAUGUACACAGACUAAAGAUGCAAAAGGGUAAGGGAGACCCUCCUGUUAAGUCACAAGGUUCAGAGUGGACCCCCCUUGCUUUCUGAACUCCUGGAGUUUAGGUGCAACUAGGUGGUCCAGUCCUAGCCUCAGACUUGGACAAUGGCUUAUGUCUAAAGGGUUACAUGUGUAAUCAAUUAGGAUUGCCUAAAGAAUCACUAUCCAAGAUACCAGCAAAAACUGAUCUUAGUAUGAUGUUGUAGAAGUACCAAUUUACCACAGAUGUGAUUUUUACAUGCCUUGUGACCUACCAGCAUUGUGCAGUUUGAAGCCUGUAUUUAGAAGUCGACUAAGGUUAUUUGCAGUUUAAGGUGGAUCACAAGAUCUAGCAGCAGUGACUUAAUUACAGGUCUGAAGGGACAACAUCCAUGCUAUACUUGUUACAGGGUAUCUAAAUCCAUCUACACACAUGCACAAAAAGACGCAUAUGUAUAAAAGUAUACCUGUUAAAAAUUU